CCCAGCGGAAGUAAACAAACACAAAGGCUGCUAGCAAAUUUAGCUCCGUGUGGACAGUAAAGCGGAAAGACGGUGGGUUGUUCGCUUGUCGCAGGUCAAACAUUCCAGUUGUUAACGAAGCAGCAAUGUCUUCACUUCUGUAUUUGAGAGAUUUAAUCAACGGACGACUAAUUGCUGCCGCCGAAGAAAUAUUCACACACGUAGAAAGAAUCGUCGUCGAGUACGAGGAGGAGGUGGAUCGUCAGCGCAAACUGUUGGAGGUCGUUCGCAAACCUCAACUAACGUCACAGCGGAUAGAGUGGCAACAGAACAAUGUCUAUGAUGAGGAGGAGGUUCUCACUGAGCAGCAGCUCUGUAACCAGAAGCAGAACUCUAGUCUGGACCAAGAGGAACCAGAGUCUCUACAGAUUAAAGAGGAAGAGGACGAAAUCUGCACCAGUCAGGAGCAGGAGCAGCUUGAACUGAAGCAGGAGGUUGAUACCUUCAUGUUGACUACUGAUAAUGAAGAAAGUGAUCACAUGGAACCAGGACCAGACACUGACCACCAGCUCCUCUCUCAUGAAGCUGAGAGUCAAGACCAGACAGUCCACAUGAGAAAUAUUCCAGGUGAAAAGCCCCACAUGUGCAACAUUUGUAAGAAAUGCUUUGCGGGUAAAGGUACCUUGAUCGUCCACUACAGAACUCACACAGGUGAGAAACCCUAUUACUGUGAAACAUGUGGAAAGUGUUUUCGUCAACUCUCACACUUGAUUAAACACAAAGUAACUCACACGGGUGAGAAGCCCCAUAUUUGCAACGUCUGUAAGAAAUGCUUUAGGCGUCAUGACAUUCUGAUUGAACACAUGACAACUCACACAGGAGAGAAGCCCUAUUCUUGUGAAACGUGUGGAAAGUGUUUUCGACAUGGAUCGAAUUUAAUAAGGCACAGAAAAAUUCACACAGGUGACAAGUCCCAUAUGUGCAACAUUUGUCAGAAAAGUUUUCCGGUCAAAAGUAUCUUGACGGCUCACAUGAAGACUCACAGCUGAGAACCUCUGCAGCACCUUAAAAUUAAACUCAUUUGGUUAUGUGUCAAAUCAAGUUUAAUCGUGUGACACCUCAUGUAAACAGACCCCAAUGAUCAUCAGUUAGGAACACAUCACAUAUGAGCUGAGUAGUGUUUUGUGUUUCCAUAGCAUGACUACAUGCAAAAAAUGAAAUAAGUCAAAGAAAUUUUUAAAAAUGAAUGUAAGUCAGCAACUUUUGGCCUCUCUGCAUUUUUUUUUUUUUUUUUUUUUUUAAUUGUAGUCAGGAAGGUCCCAUUGAGAUACAAGAUCUCUUCUCCCAGGGAGUCCUGGUCAAGUUACAGCACACAGUUACGGACACAAAACAAUUUCAGAUAUAAAACUCACUUUAGAAUAUGAAAGCUAAAAGGAAGUCAUUAAAUGAGACUAAAAAAAGAGAGACCUAAUGAAAGUAAAGUGCAGACAUUUACAGGUCAUAGUUGUUGUAGAAAACUGUGUCUGGGAACUGUACAAGUAAAAAGACAAAAAGGUAAAGAUAAUUUAACUACAUCAAUAUUGAUAAUGUAGAAUAAAUGCAUGUCCUUUUAAUUAUUGAUUUACCUUUUGGAGAAUGCAAAAAAAACCUGACACGUUAUUUACAUUUAUUUUAUGACACUUUAAGUAAAGACAUUCUUGAAAUUAAAAUCUGUGUGUCCGUCAAUAUGCUUUGGACAGAAUAUUGUGUCUUCUCUCCCUGUCCUGGCUGCUCUCUGUCUUACCUGGAUCAGCAGAGGACUGGGGAGGAUCUAAAAAGGAUUCUAAAAAUGCUUGACUUGUUGUGUAGCGCAUUAAAACAAGUUGGUCAACUUCUUCAUUUGGACUGUAUUUUUUUUAUAUGAUGGUUGUUCUUAUCUUUGAAACUGUAUAUCUGUCAAACAUUUAUUGUAGUCUACAAAGUCCCGGAGUUUGUAGUUCUUGCAAAAAUAUACGUUUGUCGACCCAAAUUUUUUGUGUGCUGUUGUUAUAAACCACCUCUGUUAAAUGAACAGUUUGUUGAUGUUAAGAAAUAAAAUGACUAUACAUAGA